AUGCUCUCAAAUAAACAGAAGAAAGAUUCGACUAUGGACAGAAAAGUUUUUCAUAACAGAAGAACAGUUUUGCCUUCGGGUGGGGAAUUCUUGAAGCACAAAGAAUAUGAAACUGUCUAUUGGAUGCUCCUAUCAUGGAAUUCAGAUAAUGAAACAAUUUUUAAGCACGAGACGAUGCUUGUUGAAUUUUUGACCCAUCUUGAAAAAAAGAAUAAGCUCGAAUAUCAUAUUAUUUAA